AUGGUGGCAGAAGACGUCCUUGAUAGCUGCCUGCGUCUCCUUCAGGAUGCCGCUCUUGAUGAAGAGGAGCAGGCGGAGAAGGUGGAGGACUUUCUACGCGAGAAGACAUCUUUAACAGGAUCUUCAUUGGAGAAUGCGGUGCUUGACAUCCUCUGGCGCCAUCGAAAUCGUUCCGUGCCAGAUUCCUCUCCUCCUCCGCGACACACCAUCAUCCGCCGAUCAUCGCCUGCGCCAUGGCAGAUGGCUCGUUCAUCCACUCCCUUAUCACCCGCAUCCAACCUGGGAACGAGCCCCGGCAGUACAUCCUGGUUACACAGCUCCCGCGGGACUUUCUCUCGAGCUCCUCUCUCCGCGACCGUCUCGCCAUUUUCCUCCCCGCGUCCGUCCCCCAGACUUGCUUUGGCUCAACCGAUUCCCCAUUCCCCGAACUUGAACGCAUACGAAUUCUCUGAUCAAACUCAAGCGUCGGAUUACUUCUACGGUGACCUUGGUAAUGACAGCAACGUGGAUUGGCUGGUGGCCGAUGAUGCCAAUAGUACUACUUCCUCCAUUGGAGGGCUCAGUGCGUCUGGUUCUCUCAGUGCCACAGCUCCCGAAUUUGUACCUGAUAUGAGCCCUCACGAUAUUCUCCGGACGGUGCUUGGCGACAAGAGAUCAAAUGAGGAGAUCGAGACGGCGUUGGAAGCAAAUAGCUAUGACCUGGGUGCGACAAUUGCCUCACUCACCCAGAAUGACGGGGAAUCAUUGUCGAAUCAGUCAGAUGAUGGUCGGAUUGUGGUGGGGAAAUCUAUGGCGAUAGAACAGCCCCAAUUAGUUACCUCUACGGCGCAGAACCGGAGUCCCGUGGUCUGCAAAUAUUGGCUUUCGACUGGACAAUGCCUUCGUGCUGAUUGCCGGUUUAGUCAUGAUUUAACCUCCCAUGUUUGCAAAUACUGGGUGAUGGGCAAUUGCCUGGCCGGGGAUGGAUGUCCAUUUUCGCAUGACCCUUCAGCCCUCAUUUCCAACAUCAGUGUGCAAGACGACAACCAGCAACUCAACGCCGGCUCAUCAUUUCCCGUUGACAAUGCUGCAGACGCGUUCCCUCCCCUGCAGUCACCCGCCCUGGGCGAUCCAUGGGCGAAUCAGUACACGAGCAAAUAUCCAGCUCAUCUUUCGGGAAUGGGAGGCAGUAGAGCCGGUUCGCACCUACAAGUCCAUGGCGGCAGACGCAACGGAAGCACGGGCAAUGUUUCACGCCCUCACUCGCGCCCAACCAGUCGACAACAGCAUCGCGAGCUGAAUCCGACUGCUCCGUCAGUUGAUGAUCCCGAUGCAUUUCCGACUCUUGGUACAGUGACUGCAAAGAACGCAGGGAAGAAGCAUGGGAAACGAAAUGCACGAGAAUACCAGUCUGGCAAGGAAAACCACCCGACUUCCCUCGCAGAUGUUGUACGUAUGACCCCAUCUCCCGCUCCUGGGAAGGGGAAGCCCUCGUCGAGAAACGGUCGGGAUGGAUUCAAGAGCCGCGAAAACACCGCAGCUGCUCAGUCUAUUCCGGCCCCGCAGAAUAUCCCGUGGCUGGAGACUGGUUCGCGAGCAAACCAGCAAUAUAUCAAGUAUCGUACUGAGGCUAUUCGUCAUGGCACAGUGAGGAACAAGUUUCUGCAGAGUGCGGCGCAAGCCUGGAAUCGAAACGAUGCUAGGGCUGCAAAAGCUCUGUCACUUCGGGGUCAAGCAGAGAACGAAGCCAUGCGGAAGUGUCAUCGUGAGGCAGCACGGCAAUUAUAUGAAGAACGCAACAAACAUCUGCUCACGAUGGGGCUUGAUGACUCUACCGAGGAACUCUACGUCGACCUGCAUGGCCUUCACCCAGAGGAGGCUAUCGAAUACCUAGAGAAAAUUCUGCUCAAGCAUGCCCGUGAAGGCCGCCGUGUUCUCUAUGCCAUUACAGGCACCGGUCACCAUUCAAAAAAUGGAAAGGACAAGAUUGGGAAGGCCGUCAAGACAUGGCUCAACGAGUGGCGGUAUCUGUUUCGCGAGUUUAGCGUCCCCGGUGAACGGGGUGGGUACGUUGGUGGUAUUCUGGGCAUUGAUCCCACCAGCUACGACCGGUCACUUGCAAAGAGCCUUGAAGAAGAAAUAAAAGACGACGACAACCGGAAUCAACCCACUAUAUCUAUGGGCAAGAUUCAGCUUCUUAGACGCGAAGACUUGGAACCGCAGAGCAACUGA